AUGUUUUUCAAUCAAUAUAUGGCGCAGAUGCAGGCCUACCAGCUGCAGCUGCAUGCGCAGCUCUUGGCGCCAAAGCAGCCGGCGCCUGUGCCGCUGCUGGCGGCGCCUGCGCAGGCGGCGUUGCCUGCGCCUGAGCCGAUGAAUCCAGAGCCGCCGGAGCCGGCCGGCGAAGCCGACAGACCAACGGCUGCGGAUGAGAUGAUGGCGAGGUGUAUGGCCUUCGCACAGCAGAAGGAGAAAGAAAGAGGUGACAGAAAGACAUCUCAGGUGGAGUCAAGCCCACCACCGCUACCUCCGGAGGAACCACCAGCUCUACCUCAGGAGAAAGGCCUUCGAGGCCCGGACAAAGAUGCCGAGAAACAGCCCGAGCCAGAGAGGGCGCAGCAGGCCAUUCUUGGCAGUGGCUUCCAAUUUUCCUGGCUGAGGGGAGGUCACGAUCAGGAUCGCCCUGCAGCCGCUUCCAACUGCCACGCAGCCGCUGCAAAUGCUGCAAAGAUUGAAACUGUGCACCAGGACAGUCCUCUUGGCAAAGCCUGCCAGAGCGUUUUGAUAGCUGACACACGGGAACUUUCAUGGAUGCGUGCAAGCACCGAUCAGGACCCUGCCCCCCAUGGGAGCGGCAGCGCUGGCGUACAUGCUACAAAGCCAGUGGAGACCGUGCACCAGGAUAGCCCUCUCGGCAAAGUCUUGCAGAGUGUGAUGGACACUGAAAAGAGUGACCAUCCAAAUCCACAGCUCCAAGAACACCUUAGUCAGGAAACAGCAGACGAUUCCUUUGGCUUCUUCAAAGGUGGCAAGGGCAAGGGUGCAUUGCCAGUGGGCAAGGGUGACGCGCCACAUUUUCCAAAAGAACACUUGCAGGAUGGCCAUGACAACGCUUUCCACAACAUGUUCAAAGGUGGCACAGGCUUCAAAGGUGGCAAAGGUGUCAACGCAGACGAGUUCCUCCAGGAAGACGCAGACGGCGGCCUCUUCAAAGGUGGCAAGGGUCCCUUGCCAGUUGGCAAAGGGGACACUCCGCAGUUUCCAGAAGACAACUCGCAGGAUGUCCCCGACAACGCUUUCCACAGCGUGUUUAAAGGUGGCAAAGGCUUCAAAGGUGGCAAAGGUGUUGACGCAGAUGAGUUCCUCCAGGACGCUUCAACCAACAGUGCCUCCUACCAGCAGUUCAAUGGUGGCAAAGGUGCAACGAGCUCCAGCCAGGAAGCCGCAGACAGCUCCUUUGGCCUUUUCAAAGGUGGCAAGGGUCCCUUGCCAGUUGGCAAAGGGGACACUCCGCAGUUUCCAGAAGACAACCCGCAGGAUGGCCACGACAACGCUUUCCACAGCAUGUUCAAAGGUGGCAAAGGCUUCAAAGGUGGCAAACGUGUCAACGCAGAUGAGUUCCUCCAGGAUGCUUCAACGAGCAGUGCUUCUUACCAGCAGUUCAAUGGUGGCAAAGGUGCAACGAACUCCAGCCAGGAGGAUCUCGAGACAGCUGUGGACAGUCCCGUCAAAGCUGGCAAAGGGACGGAAGCUGCAGCAGUUAAGGACGGUUGCAAAGCAAAGCCCGGCCGCCUCAGCCGCCUCUCUCUCUGCAGGAUCCCCCGAGCGUCUCGACCGCCCGAGUGA